CAUAGCCCUGCUGCCUCCCAUGCUAGUCAGUGGUGCCAUUCUCCCUCUCACUGUGUAGGAGCAUGUCAGGAUACCAUAUAGCUCCAGGCUACACGCUCACUUGAUCAUGGACUGGCCCUUUCUCCUGGGACUACCAGGCAAUCUGUGGGGUUUAUCCCAGCCAGUGUCACUGAUCUUUGUGUUCAGUCAGAUUCUGGCACUAGAGAAUGGAAUACAUAAAGGAACAUUCUACUGUAACAAAGGUCGUCGCAACAUCGUUGUGCGGGCGGAAAAGGGAGACUCGGGCCAUAUUGCCUCACCUGGAUACCCUGAGGCAUACUCCCCGAAAUCCUUCCAAGGAUCCUGGUGUGAAGUGCAAAUACGAGCUUGUAGCACCUGUAAAAUACGAUUAAAAUUCACUGAGAUAGACUUUCCGUCAUGCAAUGAGACUGUCAGCACUGUUACAGCACCUCCGUCUAGUAAUAAAUGCAUUCCAGGGUGUGACCACCUGUACCUCCAUGAAGUGGACAAGCCGUACAAUGCCAUCACAGAGAACGUGUACUACGACUCGGACGAGGGAAACACCUAUGUUUCCAUAUCAGCUCAUCUCAAACUUUCACAUUGCAUGGCAAAUGGAACAACAGAUAUGGCCCAAAAAUUCCAAGUUUCAUUUUUAAUUUUAGACAAGAAUGAGCUACGACAAGGGAUGGUAGCAGAGUACGGCACCACCAUCGGCAGAGUGUUGUCACCAAACUUUCCUAAAGGAUAUGCCUUGAAUGGAGAGACAUUUACCUACAUGAUACAAAACUUAGACCCAUAUGGCCACGUCCGACUCACCUUUGAUGACUGGGAUAUUGCUCCAGAAAGUGUGGUCAAGUUAUACGAUGGGUUAUCUACCAAGUCCCCUUCUGUGGUGCUGGAUCGAAAGAAGCGUCCUGCGCUUGUGUCAGACUCCAGCACUCUGGUCAUCGUGUUUGACACGGGUGUCAACCCUAAAGGCUGCUGUAAAUAUGCCGGCUUCAAGGCUGCAUACCAGUUUAUCUCAGAGAAGGACUGGCCAGACAAGCCACUUACCGACUGCAGUAGAACAUAUGCAAUGAGAUCAGGUGGUAUGAUCGACUUCACUGGGUCCAUGUCACAUCCGGGUCAGCCAAACUUCUUUGACUGUGUGUGGAUCAUCAAGAGAUACCCUGGAGAUGACCGACCAGACGGAGUGAUGCUGAGGAUGAGGGAGGUCCUUCUGGGAGACGGGUUGGCUUCAGUACGGCAAGGUCAACAGCCUGGAGAUUCGUCAGGGGACAACGUCACUGAGUCCAAUCAAACACAAAUAUACAGCCAAAAAUUGACCUACGCCCAGACGUUCUACACCUCGGGGCAGGGUCUGUACAUCCGACUCCGCGGAGGUUUCUAUUCAACAGAUAAACUCUCAUUCAUAUUCACAGCCGUCAAAAAUAUAUCUGCAGGUGGCAGUUGUCCUGGCUACUUCGAAUAUCUGUGUCAGAAUCUGAUGUGUAUCGACCAGGAGCUGAUGUGUGAUGGCAUUGACCACUGCGGAGACAACUCAGACGAGAGUCCGGCUCUUGACUGUUCUGUAUCAGCUCUGUGGAGACUGAGCUUCAAGUGGUCCAUGCCUUUUUUGGAUGUGAGCAGCCCUGGGCCAUCCCCGCGAUGUGAGGAUGGGUUUCUGUGUGCAAGUGGAACAGAGUGUCUGUCCCACAGCAAGCGGUGUGACGGGCUCCUUGACUGUCAGGAUGGCUCCGAUGAAUACGGAUGCUAUACGCCAACAACAGGUCAUUCAGCGGGCGUAUCAUCUCAUCCUAAACUUGGAUUAUAUCUCAUAUAUGUAUUGUUUUUAUUGGUUAUAUUCCUCAAUAACAGGUAGCCAAGAUUGUAAAAAUGUGUGUUUGAGAAUGUAUGAGAACAUAUGAAUAUGUGCGAGAGAAAUUGAGAAUGUAGAACAACCACACCCACUAAUUAACCUUAUUUAAUAGCAGGGAUAUAAGAGUGUUAUAAACAAUGUGAAAAUAUGUAACAGUUGGCCAUUCAACCAAUCAAAGGGUAUCUUAAGAGGGGCAUUAGGGCUGGUAUUGGUCAUUCUUGUUUCAUUCAGUGCAGCUGUAAAUACAAAUAUUAUUUAUAAUUGGUGGGUGUGGUAAUAUUGAUGUUUGAGAAACUUGCAGAAGUUAAAUGCCAUAUCAUCGUUGGAGUAGUAGAUGCAGGCUUGCUACAGCAACUAGGGUGAAAAUACAGUAAUAUUCUCCUCAAAUUUUCAUAAUAUUAACAGCAAUAAUAAUAAUGUCAUUAAGUAAAUAAAUGUUCAUGAGGCUACUUGAUGAUUUCCCCGGUCUUUGUAUCAGUGCACCCUGAAAUUUAUUUCUCAGCUCCAUGGGGAGUAUCAUAUAACAUUCAAGAUAUAUAUGGAUCACUCAGCACAGUGACAAUCUGUAGUCUGUCUGAUUGUUCAGUUACUGAUAGUAAUGUGCAAACACCACAUCUAACAUCCUCCCAGAGUCAAUAUCUUUCAAAAUAAGUUUCAAAAUUUGCUGAUGCAGCAAUAAGUAAUAUUCACUUACUCGGUGUCUAGUAACAUCAAUUAUUUCAUUUAUAAACAUAACAUAUUUUCUUUAAAUAGUAAAGUAAUCUGAAGAUCUUAUAGAAAUGUACGCAGAAAAGUAAUUGGCCAGACAAACAUGAUGAAAUGUCUAAGAUAGAAACUAUGUUUUUUAUUCUUAUUUUGACUAUUAUAUGGUUUGGAAAAAGAAAUCGUAUACUGUUGAUCCUGUUAUUACGUCAUGUUCGUUGGCUUUUAUUAAGUAUUGUUACUUAAUCAAGCAGGCAUUUGCUUCAUUUGGAUGUGGGAUGCUUUGAGAGAUGUCAUUGUAAGAGUUUCCACAAGUUCUUCAAAAUAUGCCACUGACCUGAGUCUUGUAACAGGGUCCAUGUGCACAAAGCAGUCUUAAAGCUACAAAGUUACUCAAACUCCAACAUAACCAUACAAGAGUUUUGUUUUGAUUUGUUAAUAGGCCCUGAGUCAUAGGUAUGUUAAAAUGACUUCUUACAUUAACCAGUUCUUUGAGAGGCAUUUUAGAAGUUAUAAAGAUGAAGGAAAACCAACUUCUAUGGAUAGUCAACAUCUUUAUUGCAAUGAAUGCGACGUUUCGACGUAGGUACUAACACUGUUAUCAAGCACUCAUUGCAAUAAAGAAGUUGACUUUCUAAGUACUUGGUUUUCCUACGUGAAUUACUUCUGCAAGUUUCUUGUGCCAGACCAUGGCUUGAGGUGCUACUUAUAUCGGAUGUACAUAUUCCUCCCGUGCUGCCAUUGUGAUAUCAAUUGCUUUAUGCAACACACCUGUCAUGUUCCUCUCCACUUGCCUUCACACAGACUUCUAGGGAAAUUCCCAUUUCCUGCAUUCUGUUCACUCAUGUAAUACUGUAAAUAUGUAGAAAACAAGGACUGUUUACAUACACAUGCCUAACCCAGAUAUAUUUGAGUCCGUCUGCUGUUCAUUUCAAGUUGUAUACACUGGAUCAACAAUCAACAGAAACAAAUAGCAAGUUCGGUGUUUGAGUUAUUCAUAAUGAAUGAUAGGAAAGAUAAACCUAUUCCCUGUUCGAGGGCCUUACAUGAAAUGAGCAGUUGCCUUGGUGUCAAAUGUUGAAAAUUGCACACCUUGGUUUGCUCUAUGUUAAGAGAGAAAAUAUGAAAAUUAUUGACCCCGACGAGAAAGUUACAUGCCCCUUCUCUAUAAAACAUUUCCUCCAUUGAAGUUCAAAAUUCAACCAAUAAAUACUUGAGCCUCAUUCAUAGUGAGUGAGUAACGCUGUUUUUACCAAUAUUCCUGCAAUAUCACUGCAGGGAACAGAAUAAAUGGGCUUCACAUAUUGUACCCAUGUGGGGAAUCAAACCCGGUUCUUUGGCAUGAAGAGCGAAUGCUUUAACCACUAGGCUACCCCACCGCCCACCUGAAGUUCUAAAUCUCCUUCUCAUGGUAAUCAGACACAGAGGACAAGCAUUCAGAGACUGCCACCAGAGACAUUCAACACAAGUGGUAGGGUAAUAUUAUAUAUAACUCCCUACCCACUUUCCAUGAAUG